AUGUUAAAAAGUGCGUCUAAAGUUACUAUAAACACUGGUAAUGUGUUGAAUUUAAUUGACAUCAAGAAAAAAGCUGGACAGAAUGUGACUGAAGAGCUGUCAGAAAGUAUAAAACUAACACUCUCGGAGUGGGGUACACAAAACGGCCUGCCCAUACAGAAUGGAUCAACAGAACCCUCACAGCAUUACAUGGUGGUGUCUACCUCAAAAGCCUCUGAAGCUGUUGUCAACAUCACCAGGCCACAUGAUGAUGUCCAAAUCAAGAUGGCUGAGGAGGAUCGCAAGAAUCUAAAGAUAGGAGUGAAGAUUUUCAUCAAUGAAGAUAGCCCAACUGCACUGUGUGAAUGUCUGGAAAAUGUAUUCACAGCCCUUCAAACCGAGUUCAUUGAGAAUGUUAUCCUUUCAUACAAUCCUGAUCACCUCCACAAGGGGGAACGUGAUGAUAAUGUCAAGACCACCUUCACGAAGGCAUCGCCUAUAUCCCUGGGAAGCACUGUUGUUCGCAAUUCCAGUACUGAAAUAGAAGCUGACAGCGACGCAGAUGCAAGAAAAUGCGAGGCCAUCUUGCCUGGCAUCAAGACGUUAUGGGCUGUACUGGAAGACUAUGUUAAAAAUGGCCGUGUCCUUCAACUAGGCGUGGCAGACGUGGGCGGUGGAUGUCUGUACAAACUGCACGCGUGGGCUGUUGUGAAGCCCACGAUAGCCCAGAUCAACCUCGCCUCGUGCUGCGUGGUGCCGCCCAGUCUUCAUACAUUCUGCAAGGCUAAUGAUGUUCAGCUCUUAACUCACGCUGACCCUGCAGAUUUAUUAUCCGUAGCAGCACUUAAGACCCUCUCAGACGCAGGUAUCGGUUGCAACAACCUGGAUUGGUGCGCGAGGUACCAGGUUCACAUAAAGUGUAGGGGUGUACUUGCCCUUAAAGGAUAUGUUUGUAAGGCCACUGUAGGAAAACAAUAG